CCUUCUGUAAUUCCCUUAGUACUGGAAACGUGCGCUUUGCUGUCUGACAGUGAGUAAGCUGAGAACCAAGUAAAGUUGAUGCAUAAAGGGUGGGAAGUUAUGGGCCAAGAAGUAGCUAAAGGUCUUCUGAAGUGACCAUAUCCCAAUACCUCUCAACCUACAGAUGGUGAAAGUAGGAACAAAGGCCCUUGAAAAGCAUUAUUCUUAUGUGACUUUGUGCGCUAAAGAGGAGUGAGCAUGUCACUCGAGGAUAUUUUGAUGAGGUCAGAAGACCUGAUAGAAAAAGAGCCACUGGAUUGUGGCGGAUUUGGAGUGGUGUCCCUGUGCUUCCAUAAAAAUCAUGGACUUGUUGUGCUAAAAACUGUAUAUACAGGCCCCAAACGUACAGAGUACAAUGAGUCUCUCCUUGAAGAAGGAAAGAUAAUGCACAGACUUGACCAUGAUCGAAUUGUAAAGCUGUUUGGUGUUAUUCUAGAGGAUGGCAAUUAUUCCCUUGUAAUGGAAUUUUUGGAGAAGGGAAAUUUGAUGAAAUUUCUAAAAGCAGUUUCGGUUCCACUGUCUGUAAAGGGAAGGAUCAUUUUGGAAAUUAUAGAAGGAAUGUCUUAUUUAAGUAAGAAGGGUGUAGUUCACAAGGAUUUGAAGCCUGAGAACAUUCUAGUAGAUGAUAUUUUUCAUAUUAAAAUAGCUGAUCUUGGUGUAGCCUCCUUUACAACAUGGAGCAAGCUGACAAAAGAGGAGACCAACAGGUUGAGAAAAAGCAAGACUAGCAAUAACUUGGAGAAAAAUGGAGGAACACUCUCUUACAUGGCUCCUGAACACCUGAAAUGCAUCAAUACCAAACCUACCGAAAAGUCAGAUGUCUACAGCUUUGCCAUAGUUGUGUGGGUCAUUCUGACCAGUAGAGAACCUUAUGAAAAUGCCAUGAAUGAGAAUCAGGUGUAUAUGUGUGUCAAGAACGGCAACAGACCAGACAUGGAGACAGUACCUAAAGAUUCUCCAAUGGAAAUUGUUAAUCUGAUGUUGCGCUGCUGGGAUGAAGAACCCCAAAAAAGGCCUCUGUUUGAAGAAUGCUUCCAGGAGUAUAAGCCAUUCUACACUUGGCACUUGGAAAAAAACAUUAAUGCGGAUGUGGAAAAACUUAAAACUGUGUCUCCAGCUCCGAAGGACUUUGUGAAAAGGAUGCAGUCUCUUCAGUUAGAUUGUGUUGCAGAAGAUCCAGACCCUCUCCACACAGAUAAACCAGGUUCCUUACAUAGCUCAGAUGGCCUGAGACCAGACAACGAAAUGAAUGAAUGCCUGUUUGCCCCUUGCCCUCUUAAUGAACCUGCAGAAAAUGAAGAAGAAAACCUGCAAAAAAAAUUACAGCUGGAGUAUAAUUAUCACACGUUUGGUAGCCGCAUGGAUAAACAAAACCACCAGGUCUCAGUAAGCAUGACUGAAAAGAUCGCACAGGAAAGAGAGAGGAGGGUUUGCAGUGAUUCAUUUGUCAAGGUGUCUUCUUCAGGAACACCUUACAACAAAGCUGCAGAUGUGUCCAUGCCAUUAGCAGAUGUGGGACAGUAUGGUAGGAGUGCUGCUAGGACAAGCCCAACCAGUGACAAAACUAUACCUCCAAAACAGGGUUUUGAGAAGAAUCACUUUGCAAAACCAAGUCUGCAGCCGGGUAAAGAGACUCCAAGUUUAAAGCUUGAAAAUUCUUUUUGUCCUGAAGAUGCAGAUAUUUAUAGAUCUCAGCUUUUAGAUCCUUUCACUAAAACCCCAGUGCCUGAGUCAUGUGGAGUCCAGCCCUUUUUUCUGCAAACUUAUCCAGCUGAGCCAAGUAAAAAACAUGGAGUCAUUCUUGAAAAAAAAGAAAAUAUUGGUUGUCAUCCAGGUGUAGCUGACACUCAAGAGAUAUAUGACCCUGUAAUCGGCUUCACUAGCUCUGAUCAUGGUAAGACAAAUAUGAUUAAUCCUGGAAUGCAGCAUGUGUAUCAGCAUUCUCUUUCAGCUGGUAUUCAGGAAAAAAACCUGCAAACGUUUGGCUUUGGAAGUACCUACAACAGUUGUCAUCCAGGUAAUUUGUUCAUUCCAGAAACUACAGGAAAUGUUUCUUACCAGCCUGCACGUUCCACUGCUGUUCCACUGUUAAAUGGAGUGCCUCUCAGUCUCGGAACUCAUCCCAGCCCUGCUCAAGAAGGAAGAACCACCCUUUCUAUUUAUGGUGGCAGCGGUAUACAAAUUGGAAACAGCAAUGUCAUGCACAUUGCAGACCAGAAAUUCCCACUACCAGCACAAAAUGCAACUCAAGCAGAAGAGUUUCAUAACAUCUUAGACAGCACAAGCAUACUUCAAGAGGAACACCUGGAAAUAGUUCAAGAAAAUCUUGGUAGAUCAUGGAAGCACUGUGCUCGGAAACUUGGUUUUACAGAAACCAGCAUUGAUGAAAUUGAUCAUGAUUAUGAGAGAGAUGGACUGAAAGAAAAAGUCUACCAGAUGCUGCAGAAAUGGCAGAUGAAAGAAGGUUGUAAAGGCGCCACGGUUGGAAAGCUCGCAAAAGCUCUAAUUAGCUGUAAAAGAACAGACCUUGUUCGAAAAUUGCAACACGUUAAUGUUAACUGAACAUUGAAUUGUCUUCCUGAAAAGAUUUGAUAAUUAAGUGCACAUUAUUUGCUCCAUGUAGUCAAGCAGUGGAUAAUUUCUUGUAGAGAAGACUUUUCUGGUCUUCGAUUCCCAGAAAUUCCAAAACUGUAGGCAAAUACUGGACUUGUAUAUACUGAUAUGGACACUUCCGUUGGGAUGCUCAUAUGAAAUAUAGGUAGUAUUUUGGUUCAGGUUAUGUUGAUCAGGCUUUAAAGAAUUGUUUUACUUCAAUUUGUAGUAAUCCUAAUAUAAGGAAUUGCAUUUACUUUGUAAAUACUUUUCUUAAAGCUCUUUUUAAUUAUAUGUUUCAAGUAUUCAGCUUAGCUGCAAGUAAAAUUUUUAAUGCAGAACCUGGGCAGCAUAGUUGGAAGACAAGGUGAUCAUCAAGUGAACAUCUUUAAAGGUGCUUUAACCAAGGGGGGCUCAUUGAGCACUGAACAGUGUCAGCAUGAAUAAUAUGUUGAACUAGG